AUGUCAAGAGAACAACAAGGACGAAGAGUUGCUAAAAAAGAAAUUAAAAAUCGAUUAAUCACUAAUAUACAAGAAGCUGCUCAAAAAUAUAGUACUGUCUUUAUUUUUUAUACACCAGUUCUUAGAUCAAAGUUUAUGAAUAUUAUUAGAAAAGAUUGGAGAGAUUCUAUAUUUUUCUUUGGUAGUAAUAAAGUUAUGCAAGUUGCAUUAGGAAGAACUGAACAAGAUGAAAUUAAACCAGGAUAUCAUUUUAUUGCAGAAAGAUUAAAAGGUACAUGUGGAUUGUGUUUUACUAAUAAAAAGAAAGAAGAAAUUUUAGCUUAUUUUAAAACUCAAAUCCAUGAUGAUUUUGCACGUUCAGGAAGUAUUGCUACAAUGGACUUUGUAGUUCCUGAAGGACCAUUACCAUUUGAAGGUUCACUUGAACUUCAUUUAAGAAAGAAUCUUUUACCUGUUGAAUUAAAAGAUGGAAUAUUAUCAUGUAAAGAAGAAUAUGUUGUUUGCAGAAAAGGACAAAAACUUUCACCACAAGCUGCUAGAUUAUUAGAAUAUUUUGAUAUUAAAAUGGCUGUAUUUGAAAUAAGAGUGUUAAGUAUUAUUCAAGAUGGUAAAUUUGAAGAAUUAGAAAGUAUUGGUGAAGAUGAAACUAUGCAAAUGGAAGAAGAAGAACCAAUUAAUUAA